GGGGUCGGUUGCGCUCUUGUGUAACACGGGGAACCUGUUCCGACAGGAGCAGCGCGGCACCGCGUUCCUCCUCCUCCGGCCCCCUCUCGCCGUCCUGGGUUUCGCGCCGGCGUUCGGCUGCAGGGAGAGGGAAGAACCAGGGCGCUGGCAGAUCCGGACUUGUCGGCUGGGCUGCGUGAGAUGGCUGCGGGGCAGGAGGGGAAGGUGCAUGUGCACGUCGCGCUCUGACAUGCCUGUGCUCUGACUGCAAGCAAGCAAACUCCACGUGCGAAACGGACGGCGCGUGCAUGGUGUCCGUCUUCAACCUGGACGGGGUGAAGCACCACGUCCGGACCUGCAUCCCCGAGGCCAAACUGAUCCCCGCCGGGAAACCCUUCUACUGCCUGAGCUCCGAAGAUCUGCGCAACACCCACUGCUGCUACUCCGAUUUUUGCAACAAAAUCGAUUUGAUGGUUCCCAGCGGACACCUGAAGGACAACGAGCCCCCGGCGAGCUGGGGUCCGGUGGAGCUGGUGGCGGUGAUUGCCGGCCCCGUCUUCCUCGUCUUUGUGGUCGUGAUCAUCGUCGUCUUCGUGUUUCAUCACCACCAGCGAGUCUAUCACAACCGGCAGCGGCUGGACAUGGAAGACCCCUCUUGCGAAAUGUGCCUGUCCAAGGACAAGACGCUGCAGGAUCUCGUCUACGAUCUCUCCACUUCUGGCUCCGGCUCAGGCUUGCCGCUUUUCGUCCAGCGCACCGUGGCUCGGACAAUCGUCCUGCAGGAGAUCAUCGGGAAGGGUCGCUUCGGGGAGGUGUGGCGAGGCCGGUGGCGCGGCGGCGACGUGGCCGUGAAGAUCUUCUCUUCGCGCGAGGAGCGCUCCUGGUUUCGGGAAGCAGAAAUAUACCAAACCGUCAUGCUGCGCCACGAGAACAUCCUGGGAUUUAUCGCUGCGGACAACAAAGACAACGGAACGUGGACGCAGCUGUGGCUCGUCUCCGAUUACCACGAGCACGGGUCUCUCUUCGACUACCUGAACCGUUACACGGUGACCAUCGAGGGGAUGAUCAAGCUUGCUCUGUCUGCUGCCAGCGGGCUGGCCCAUCUGCACAUGGAGAUCGUGGGUACUCAAGGAAAACCCGGGAUCGCUCACAGAGACCUGAAAUCCAAGAACAUCUUGGUGAAGAAGAACGGCACGUGUGCCAUCGCCGACCUCGGGCUGGCGGUGCGGCACGAUUCCGUCACGGACACCAUCGACAUCGCCCCGAACCAAAGGGUCGGAACCAAACGGUACAUGGCCCCCGAGGUGUUGGAUGAAACCAUCAACAUGAAGCACUUUGAUUCCUUCAAGUGUGCCGAUAUCUACGCCCUGGGCUUGGUCUACUGGGAGGUGGCUCGGCGGUGCAACGCAGGAGGGAUCCACGAGGAAUAUCAGCUGCCCUACUACGACCUCGUCCCCUCCGACCCCUCCAUCGAGGAGAUGCGGAAGGUGGUGUGCGACCAGAAGCUGCGGCCCAACAUCCCCAACUGGUGGCAGAGCUACGAGGCGCUGCGGGUGAUGGGGAAGAUGAUGCGGGAGUGCUGGUACGCCAACGGAGCGGCUCGCCUCACCGCCCUCCGCAUUAAGAAAACCCUCUCGCAGCUCAGCGUGCAGGAAGACGUGAAGAUCUAAGCGCCGAGCCCCUCGCCGGGAGGACACGGCACCGAGCCGCCACGCUCGAGUAGGUGUGUGACGGAGGCCUACCUCGUGUUUCUGCCCAAUCUACCGCUACCACCCGCGAGCUGCGGGCUGCUGGCGGGGGGGACGGAGCCCGCGCGUCGCUCCCUUCCCCUCCGCUCGGGUACGAAACAAUCCGAAACCUUUUGAA